AUGCCGGCUCUGCUAUUGCAUGUGACUGACAAGUCCUCCUCCUCAUCCCCUUGUCUGACAACAGAGCCAGCUGAUGUGGAACAUGCCUUCCCUCUCCUUUUGUAUCGCAGUCGCACUCUUGCGUUCGCAGGAAAAUCUCGCAGCUCUGGAUUAUUUCCCGAUGCAACGACUGGAACGAAGCUUCCCUUGACCAGACUGCAGGUUCUGGCCGUGUUGCUAUGGGUUACCACCCCACGCAGAGUGAAUGCGAUCUCCCCGGGAUGGGUGGACACGACGUUCCCCUUCACUGCUGCCUGCAGCGGUAAACUGGAACAGCACACUGAGAGGAGAGGGGUGAUCUACAGUCCAGCCUGGCCCCUGAACUACCCCUCUACCAUGAACUGCAGCUGGUACAUCCAGGGAGAUCACGGGGACGUCAUCACAAUAAGCUUCAAGAAUUUCGACCUUCAGGACUCUCACAAGUGCUCCGUGGACUGGCUCCUGAUUGGCCCGUCUUCGAAACGGGAGGAGUACAAAGUGUGCGGCUCCACCAUGCCUCCGCCCUUCACCUCCUCCCGGGACCACGUCUGGAUCUUCUUCCACUCGGACGCCUCCAGCUCCGGCCAGUCUCAGGGGUUCCGGCUGUCCUACAUCCGGGGUAAAAUGGGACAAAGUUCCUGUCCGGCGGAUGAAUUUCUCUGCGGAAACGGGAAAUGCAUUCCGAGCACCUGGAAGUGUAACGCCAUGGACGAGUGCGGGGAUAACUCGGACGAACGCAACUGCACGCCGCCAUCCACGGAGAUCCGCACCAGCCUCUGCCCCCCGGGGACCUUCCCUUGUAACGCGGCGCACUCCACGCAGUGCAUGUCCAAUGAGCUGCGCUGCAACUCCGUGAAGGACUGCCUCAGCGGGGCCGACGAGGACAACUGCCCAGAGCUGUCGUGCGGCGGGAAGCUCAGCAAUUUCUACGGCUCCUUCGCCUCGCCGGACUUCUUCCGGGCCGACCGCGGGCGCUCGGAGCUGCAGUGCGCGUGGUACGUGGACACGGAGGACAACCGCCACGUCAUCCUGCAAAUGGACCUGCAGCUGGGGUACAGCGACUUCGUGAGGGUGUACGAGGGCAUCGGCGAGAGGAGCGACAAACUCCUCCAAACCCUCUCCUUCCGAAACAACCGCCACACGGUCAGCGCCGAGUCCGCCAACGGCCAGCUCACGCUGACGUACCACGCGCGCUCGAAGAGCAUGGGCCACGGGUUCAACGCCACCUACCAAGUCAAGGGCUACUGCCUCCCCUGGGAGCACCCGUGCGGAAUGGACGACGUGUGCUACUCGGACAGCCAGAACUGCGACGGGUGGUGGCACUGCCCCAACGGCAAGGACGAGGAGAGCUGCCCGGCCUGCCAAAGCACCGAGUUCCCCUGCGAGGGGGGGAGCGGCUUGUGCUACUCCUACCUGGACCGCUGCAAUAACCAAAAAAACUGCCCGGACGGCUCGGACGAGAAAAACUGCUUCACGUGCCAGCCGGGCAACUUCCACUGCGGCACCAACCUGUGCAUCUUCGAGACCUGGCGCUGCGAUGGGCAAGAGGAUUGCCAGGACGGAAGCGACGAGCAGAACUGCCUGGUCAUCGUGCCGAGGAAGGUCAUCACGGCGGCGCUGAUCGGCAGCCUGGUGUGCGGCCUGCUGCUGGUGGUCGCCUUGGGGUGCGCGUUCAAGCUCUACUCGCUGAGAAGCCGGGAAUACAGGGCUUUCGAAACUCAGAUGACCCGCUUGGAGGCGGAGUUUGUCAGACGUGAGGCUCCUCCUUCUUAUGGGCAACUUAUUGCUCAGGGGCUUAUCCCGCCUGUGGAGGACUUUCCAGCUUUCAGCGACUCCCAAGUUUCCAUGUUGCAGAACAUCCGCACGGCGAUGAGGCGUCAGAUGAGGCGUCACUCGUCCCGUAGGGCGUCC